AUGCAUUGGCUCAAUACUUUGUACUCAACGGCGCUGCUGCUUUCGAUUGCACAACAUAUGCAACAAUCAUCCGCUCAAUUGGUCCAGAUUCCUUCUAUAAAAUCAUUUUCAAGAUCUGUUUCCAAUUUCGUCGUUGAUACCAGUAUACAGAUUGUCGUUGAUGUGGAUUUCGCUCACAAUUUCACUGGCGGCUUUCCAACUCUGGUUGGAUUCGCUCAGACAUUCCGUGAAGAUCUUAUCUCAGUUACGGGAUUCAGUAAUAUUUCCGAGGUGCAGACAGGGAAAGUAUCAGCGGAUGCUACUACUUCCACGGUGUUCUUGACGCUCGGUCCUUCGAGCUCAUCUAAUCUGACAUUAUUCAAUGGAAAAUCCACUGGAGAAGGAUACGAGUUUGAGGUUGCACAGAAGUUGUAUACUAUCCGAGGUGUCGAGGCAAUUGGAGCCUGGUGGGGAACUAGGACGUUUUUGCAACAAGUCGUCCUUUCAAUUGUCAAUGGAUCUAAGCCUGCUAUGAUUCCUACUGGUUCCGGUGAAGAUAAUCCCGGAUGGGAAAUCAGAGGGUUCAUGCUUGACGCCGGACGACACUGGUUUGAGAUUCCGUUUUUAGCCGACCUCUGCGUUUACGCUUCAUUCUUCAAGAUAAAUGAGUUCCAUAUCCACGCCUCGGAUUUCUUUUAUGAUCCGUCUUUUCUGUAUGGUGAAGAUUGGCGCGAACUCUACACUGGAUUCCGCUUCCAACCUUCUUCAGACUCUCCCAUCUUCAACCUUGUUCCAGAAUUAAACGAAAGCUGGACCCAAACCCAAUUCUCCACGCUCCAAACGACCUGCUCCAACCAUGGUGUCACGUUAAUUCCCGAAAUUGACACUCCAGCUCAUUCGUUAGUGAUAACCAAAUGGAAACCAGAGCUUAUGAUCUCAGGAACUCCUGACUUGCUCAAUCUCUCCUACCCGGAAACCAUACCUACUCUCAAAUCCAUCUGGGACGAAAUCCUUCCAUGGUUCACAUCAUCCGAGAUAUCCAUUGGAGCGGAUGAAUACUCAGCGUCUCUGGCGGAUGACUAUAUCACGUUCGUCAAUGAGAUGGAUGAAUACAUUUCCGGAUCUAGCGGAAAGUCGAUUCGGAUUUGGGGCACGAGUGAGCCCAGUACGACCGAAUCAAUCUCUACCAAUGUCACUAUCCAGCACUGGUGGUUCCCCGGCGGCUCAAUCCCUGUCCAACUAAUGGAUCAAGGCUAUAGCAUCAUCAACUCUGACCAAGUGUUCCUUUACCUCGACGGGAAAUUUUCCGAUGGUGGCCAAUUCCCCUGGACCCUCAACAUUACAAAGAUGUGGUCUGGUGCACCCGAUGGGGAAGGCUGGGCACCGAAUAUCUUCUCUGCCGAUGACCCAACAAAUAACACCUCUAUUGAGAAUCCUCUUCUCCGAGGGUCCAUCAUGGCGUUAUGGAAUGAUUGGGGGAACAAUGCAACGACACCGCUGGAGGUGUAUUACCAGCUCGCACAGAGUCUGGCAGUAUUUGCUGAGAAGACAUGGUCGGGUUCAGGAGUGAGAGCAAGCGCGUUGACCCAGGACGAGUUCCAGGAAGUCUACCCUGUCUUGAACGCUGCUGCACCUGGACAGAACCUUAAUCGGGCUACGGGAUUAGAGGAUGGUUCAGUAGCGUUCAGCUAUGACAGAAUCUCUCAGUUUCCGCUCGAAACGUCUUUCGAGUCGGUGGGACCGCCAUAUACGUUAUCGUUCAGCGUGAAGCCCCCUCCAACUACCAAUACCUCAAGUACUCCUUUAUUCCUCGGACUUGACUCUGUUCUAUUCCUUGAUUCUCUGUCCUUCAAAGACCCAUCCACGAAUUUGCGAUACCCUCUAGGGGUAGAUCUUCCUCCAGACGUGUUCACGUCUUUAGAGAUUCAUGCGACGUUGAAUCAUACCUACGCCUUGCUGAACGGGUCUUCUUCAGCUCUGUAUUGGACGUCAAAUCUGGACAUAUGGGGAGAGUACAUGCAAACCGUGAAUAUGUCGUUCGCCGCUCCGUCAUAUAUCAUCGGGUUGGAUGGGUUUGAAGGGGAGUUGGUUAAUGUUAGUUUGAGGCUAGGAGAGUAA